UCUUUUAAUUUAUAAGGAUGUUAGAGCGCUUAAGACAAUCAUUAUAACUGCAGGGGUUAUCUUCAAAGUGGGAACUGGGAAGUUAAUUAUGAUCAGUGUUAAUGUGGUUCGGGUUUUGUUUUCUUAUGUUGUUAAGAGAUCCUGGGUUUAAGGAAAGGGGUUUAAGAGUUGAGUAAAUGUUGUUUGGGAGAGAAAAGAAAGUGAAAAAAAGGGUCUUUUUUCCUUUUUUUUUAAUUCUUGGCUACCUCAUAUAUAUAUAUAUAUAUGUACACAGAUCCCUAUGGAAGGUGGGGAGGAAUACCACCCAUUUCCCAGCAUAUGUUACUUGCUGAAAUUCAUUCUUUUUGUUUAGUUUAAAGUACUAUAUAUAUAUGUAUCAGUGUGGGUGUGUCUGAGAGAGAGAGAGAGAGAGAGAGGAGGGGAUUGCAUAAUUGCAUAGAUAGGAGAGAAUUUCUUGUUGAGGUGGUGGGCUUGUGUUCUCUUGUAUUCAUGGGCGUUUCUGCAGCAAUACUACUAGAAACGCAGAUUCAAGUGUUCUUUCCUGAUGGUUGAAAUGAUUACUCUAUUUUCUACCCAAUGAUUGAUUUUGUCUAGAGAAGAACACUAGUGACAAGAAGUGUAAGUGUGUGUUUGUUUGUAUAAAAAACUGAGAGAAACUAUAACUCAAAGAUGAUGCCUGUGAAGGAUGACAACAAUGGCAGCAACGUUCCCACCAACUGGUGGGGGUUUUCUCUCUCACCCCACAUGAAAAUGGAGGCCAACACUUCUUCACCAAGCUUCUAUCUUUCCUCUAAUCCCCACCUCAACACCGCUGCAGUCUGUUAUGGUGUGAGUGAUCAAAAUAAUGAAUUUCACUCUCCUUUGCAAGUAAUGCCUCUCAAAUCAGAUGGUUCUCUUUGCAUUCUUGAAGCCCUUUCCAGAUCUCAUUCACAAGGUUCUUCUCCCAAACUGGAAGAUUUCUUGGGCGGGACAACAAUGGCUCAUCAGAGGGAUGCCAUGGUUUUGAGCCUUGACAGUGCAUUUUACAACCAAGAACAGCAGUACUAUUCUGGGCUUAACUUCAGUAGUAAUGGGCUUCCUUCGAUGCCUGAGGCUGAAUUUCCAUGCUUGAAAACAUGGGCUGAUCAUGGCCAAGAACUUGAACAUCAGCAGGUUAAUAACAACACAAGUGUAGCAGAAGAUAGAGGUGGAAUGGGGUUUGAUGAGUUGAAGUCUUUGAGCUUGUCCAUGAGCCCUGGUUCUCAGUCGAGCUGUGUUACUAAUUCCAGGCAGAUCUCACCCACUGAGGCUACUGAGUGUGUGGCCAUGGAAACUAAGAAAAGAGGGUCUGAAAAAAUGGCACAGGUUAAGCAAACUGUUCAUAGGAAAUCUAUUGACACAUUUGGGCAGAGAACAUCUCAGUAUAGAGGUGUAACAAGACACCGGUGGACAGGUAGGUAUGAGGCUCACUUGUGGGACAACAGUUGCAAGAAGGAGGGGCAGACUAGAAAAGGAAGGCAAGUUUAUCUUGGAGGCUAUGAUAUGGAAGAGAAAGCUGCCAGAGCUUAUGAUCUUGCUGCUCUCAAAUAUUGGGGGCCGUCGACGCAUAUAAACUUUCCGUUGGAAAACUACCAUCAAGAACUUGAGGAAAUGAAGAACAUGAACCGACAAGAAUACGUUGCCCACUUGAGGAGGAGAAGCAGUGGAUUUUCCAGAGGCGCUUCGAUGUACAGAGGUGUCACGAGGCAUCAUCAGCACGGAAGAUGGCAAGCUAGGAUCGGGCGUGUUGCCGGGAACAAGGAUCUCUACCUCGGAACUUUCAGCACACAGGAGGAAGCAGCCGAAGCCUACGACGUGGCUGCAAUCAAGUUCCGGGGUGUUAAUGCGGUUACUAAUUUCGACAUCUCCCGAUACGACGUUGAGAAAAUCAUGGCGAGCAAUACUCUGCCAACGGGGGAGGUGGCGAGACGGAACAAGGAGAGCGAGCCUAUUGCAGAGACAGUGCAGAGAAGUGAGAUUUCUGCUCAAGGAAACGCUAACGUAAAAUCAACCACCGGUGGGAAUUACCAUAAUCCUCUUUUCUCAGUGGCCCUGCAGCACGAUCUGAUUAACACUGCUUCAACCCAAAUGGCCGCCCCUCCUCGACAUUUCUCAAAUUCGUCGUCUCUGGUUACGAGCUUGAACAGCUCGAGGGAAGCUAGCCCCGACAGAAACGGUGUCCCCUCUGCGAAGCCUGGUACCUUUGAGACUAAGUUCAUCAACUCCUCAACCAAUCUGAAUUCCUGGAUUCCGGUAGCUCAGCCGAGGCCUCUCCCGCUCACGACGACUCAUUUGCCGGUUUUUGCUGCUUGGAAUGACGUUUGAAACGCAUCGGUGUAUCGUCUUUCAUGUUAAGUUUUUGCAUGGAGUAGAACAAGGGGAAGAACAUGUAAUUGACAAGGGUGGGAUCCAGUUAUCUCUGUGUAAUCAUAUCUUUUGUCAAAAUCAAAAGACCUUUAAUUAAUUAGCUCAAUAUUGGAAUCAAGAUUUUGGCAAAUGGAGGGAAUGGUAGUAAAGAUA